CAAUAUCUGACGUGGCAAACAACAACUUCACAUUACACAGGUGAUAGAGUGAGACACGAGAAGCGCGUGUGUGUGACAACAAUUUAAAAAGACAAACUUACAAAAAUCAAAGGCAGAGUAGAAUUCGGAUCCGAACCGAAUACCCGAAAACACUUCUCCUCUCAACAGGUUUCUGGUACUAUUUCAUGUAUGGCUUCAAAUGCCGAUGAUUUGAAUUACAAAGAAAGGUUACGUUGGGGAAACCCUACAAAAGUUUAUACCCGGAAGCGUCGAAGGAUUGAAAAAACUGACCCGAGCACCGCCGAUACCGCAGCUACCACCGCCACCGCCCUGAUCUCCGCCCUGCCAGAUGUUAUUACCUCCAACGAGGGGAGUGGCAAUGAUGAGAAUAAUAAUAAUGAUGUUUUACAGCCAUCUUCGCGAACCCUAGAGAGCGGGGAAGCGAAAUCUGCGGAAAAAUCGCCGGAGCAGCGGUUACAGCACCGGGAGGAGGAGGAGGCGGAACCGCAAUUGAAGGAUUCGUCUCCUCGUAAUUUGGAAGAUGGAAGGGAUAGUGACCAUGUGGAAUUGAUAAAUGGUGGAGAUUUGCAGGAAGAUACCCGUGGAUCACCGGUGGUAGAUUUAGAUGGUAGAGAUGUCGCUGAGGUUGGUGGUGGCCCAAUUGGGGAAGUCCGGGAGGCGACAGUGAAGCCGGUAAUUUCUAGGGUUGAAGAUAGAGUUAGGAUUAAUUUAACGGGAGGAAGGUCGAGAGAUGAGAUUAGAGAUCUUAGGAGGGCGUUAGAAGGUGAGCUUGAUCAGAUUAGGACUGUAAUUACGAAGCUUGAAGCCAAGGAGCUUCAGCUGACCACCACAUAUAAUACUAGUACUAUUAAUGGUGGUGUUAAUAAUAAUGUUGGUAGGAUUAGCGCUAUUCCUGGCGGUGGUGUUAAUUCUCAUAGUCAUCCACAAUAUAUGGAUAUUGGUGUGAUGAAUAGUAGGUCUUUAGUGCGAGUGAAUUCCGAGGUGGGUUUGGUGGGGUACCCUGAAUUGAGACCAUUCCAGCCACCACCAAGGGUUGCAGUUGCGGAAAGCAAUAAUGGAGUUGCUGAAUUUGUGGAGAAGGAGAAGAGGACCCCGAAGGCCAAUCAGUAUUACACUAAUUCCGAGUUCCUACUUGGGAAGGAUAGACUGCCUCCGGAAAGCAAUAAAAAAUUGAAGCCAAAUGGUGCUGGAAGGAAGCACAGUGGCGAGUCGGAGCAGGGCUAUUCAUUUGGCUUUGAUAAGCAUAGAAAUCAGGUGUUUAAGAGAUGCAGCAAUGUGCUUCAGAGGUUAAUGAAACACAAACAUGGUUGGGUGUUUAAUGAGCCAGUGAAUGUGGAGGCUCUUGGGUUGCAUGAUUAUCUUGAUAUCAUUAAGCAUCCUAUGGAUUUAGGCACUAUUAAAACUAGGCUAUCUCAGAAUUGGUACAAGUCUCCCAGGGAGUUUGCUGAGGAUGUAAGACUCGUCUUUCGUAAUGCCAUGACAUAUAAUCCUAAAGGACAUGAUGUUCAUGUUAUGGCGGAACAGUUGUUAAAGAUUUUUGAAGAGAGGUGGGCUGUUAUAGAGACCGAGUGUAAUCCGGAUUGGAGGCAUCAAAUGUACCACGAUGCAGGUUUGCCUACCCCCACUUCAAGAAAGGUCCCACACCCUUCUCCCUUUGCCCGUGCUCCACCUGCUCCCCAAGUAAGGAUACCUGCUCCCCAAGGAAGGACUUUGGAUAGGUCGGAGUCAAUGACUGGACCAGCUGAUUUCAGGUCCAAGCCGUCGCGUAUUGCUCAUGUUGGUAGGAUACCAGUUCCUAAGAAACCUAAAGCAAAUGAUCCCAAUAAAAGGGAUAUGACCUACGAAGAAAAGCAGAGACUCAGCACAAAUCUUCAGAGUUUACCUUCAGAAAAGCUUGAUGCUAUUGUUCAGAUUAUUAAGAAGAGGAACACAUCACUUAGUCAACAUGAUGAUGAGAUCGAAGUAGACAUAGACAGUGUUGAUGCGGAAACCCUCUGGGAGCUUGAUAGGUUUGUGACCAAUUACAGAAAGAAUUUAAGCAAGCAGAGGAGAAAAAUUGAACUUGCUCUGCAGGCCAGAGGAACUGCACGGACUGCUCCAGUUUCGAACUCUGCCCCUAUGGUUGCUGGUGCACUGAACAAUAAUACUGGUCCUGCUACAAAUGCAGAAGCUGGAAGACAGGUGGAUAAUGCAAGUAGGUCUAGUAGUUCAAGCAGUUCUAGCAGCGAUUCAGGGUCAUCCUCAAGUGAUUCCGAUAGUGAUAGUUCCUCUGGUGAUGGAUCAGAAGCGGGCAGUUGAUGCGAAAGGCCACUUAGCGCAGUUUUGCAGAAAUUCUUCAUGGAUUUUGUGCAGAUAGCUGUGUACUCAUCUGAAGGUUCCCUUCUGGUUGAACGAUGGCUGCAAUCAAGAACUUUAAGUUUUAUCAUGGAAGUGCCUUAUCUUGAUGAUUUUGGAAGGAUCGGACAUCUCAUUCUUAACAUUAUUUAUGAUGUUAUCUCCAUACAAAGUGUUCUUUUUUGUUCGAAUGGGAUUCUAGUAGAGAUUGGUUUUGGUAGUCAUUUGAGAUUGCUUAACCAGUUUGACUUGAGCAUGUGCUGAGAUGUUAUUCAUAUCAUUGCACACAGAGAAGCUAGGUAUGCUUGUGUGAUCUCCUGCAGCCUGGCCUGGUUGUAGUUGUAGAAAGCCGAGUAUGGUGGUAGGAUUGCAUAUUGUAAAAAUUAUUAGGGAUCUUAAGUGAAAAUGACAAUGAGGGUUUGUACAUAUUUUCCCAUUCAUCUUUCGGGCACCAUUUUGCAAAAAAUUUAUUUGUAUUUUCCCCUGAAGUAGAAGCAACGAGGAUUGAUUCGAUGAAUGUCAGUGAAGCUCACAAAUCAAACUUCUUGUAUGUCUACUGUGUAUGUUGGUCUUUUGUCUUGGACUUAAAGAAUGAGUCCUGAGGGAUCUUCGGUUGA